AGGCCACAAGGCUCUACAGGCAGCUACGAGGCUCGAGGCGCAGCGAUGGCGUUCCGUAGCUCGCGCCGCCUUGUGCAGGUCGCCAUCGCCGCUCGUUGCGGUCCGGAAAGGGCGUUUCGACUCCGUCCCUCUGCCGCCGCACCUAGUGAAGGCCGGCUCACAGCAACCGUCGAUUUCGCAGAUAAAGCCGUAGAUUCACCUUUUCCGUCGUUUUCAUCGCCCGUUACUGACACGUGUCUGCCACAAGCCUGCCGCUUUCCCAGCGGUAGCACACAUACCAGCGCGCCGAGCCGUCCAGGUGUCACGCCCGCGCUUUUCGGACUAUCCGGGUCCCCACUUCCCCCAUUCGCCGCUCAACCGCUUCGCAUCGACCUCACCAAUACCGCUCCGCCAGCUGUCGCUCCAUCCGCAGUCUCGGUGAUCCCAUGGCGGUGGCUCUCCCACUCCCACCGACGAACGGACAAGCUUCACAAGAAGCACGCAAAGGCCGAUAAGAACAGGGAAGAAGAGGGGGAGGAGGAAGAGGAGGAGAGGGACAGGGGAUCAAAGGCAGGAGGCAAGAAGAAAGGGAAGGACAGGACGGAAGCUUCUGGGAAGACGGGGAGUGGAAAGAAAGGCAGGGCGGGAGGGGCGAGAGAGGAGGAGGGGGAGGGGAGGGGGGAGGAGAGGAGGCAGUGCAGGGGGCGGUAGAUCUGGUGAAGGUGCAUGUGGAUGAGGCCAAGGAGGCGCUGAUUAAAGAGCUCGCCAAGAUAAGGACGGGCCGCGCCGCCCCUGGCCUGCUAGACCACGUGCACAUAGAGGCCUAUGGCCGCCCCUCGCCUCUGUCACGAGUGGCCACAGUCACAGUCAAGGACCCCCAGCUGCUCUCAGUCACCCUCCACGACGCCUCUCUGCUAGGAGCGGCAAUGAAGGGCCUGCAGGAGUCGCCCAUGGGGCUGAACCCAUCGCACACCUCACACACAGUCAUCCUCGUCCCCAUUCCCAGGCUGACCACCGAAGUGAGAGAGGCAAUGUUCAAGUUGGCCCAGAAGGCUGCAGAGUCUGCGAGGGUCAGCCUUAGACGAGCAAGGAAAGAGGGAAUGGACGCAAUAAAGAGAGCAGCCGAUGUGAUCCCUGAGGAUGAGCGCAAGCGAGCAGAGAAGAAGGUGGAGGAGGCAGUGGCUGCAGCAAAGAAGCAGCUGGACGCGAUUUGCGAGGCCAAGGAGAAGGAGCUCAAAGGGUAGGGGGCAUCCUGCAAUGAUUAGAUGCCAUGCCAUGCCAAUCAGGGUAUCCCUGCUGUGCAAAUGAGGGCAUGGGUCUCGAACCAUUCAUUGAUCAAGCCCUGCUCAGCAGAUAUCAGGGUAAUGCGACUGGUAACGGGAGAAAAGGCUUAAAGGGUAGGGGGCAUUCUGCUAUGACUAGAUACAACACCAUGCGAAUGAGGACUGGGUAUCCCUGCUGUGCGAAUCAGGGUAUGGGUCUCAACCCACCCAUUGAUCAAGCCCUGCACGGGGGAUGUAUCAGGGUAAUGCGGCCGGUAAUGCUGCUGCAGUGCAACAGAGAGCUUUCUCAAGGUAACACGUUGACUAAGACGGUAGUUUUGUGCCAGGUGUUGUACUCACUAUGGCAUGCACCUAUCUAGCCUA